AUGAAGUCCUUCGCCGUCCUUGCCAUUGGCACCGCCAUGGCCGUGGCUCAGACUCUUUCCGACCUGCCUGAGUGUGGCCAAACCUGCAUCAGCAACAUGAUUUCCAUUGCCACUAGUGACUUUGGCUGCACCCAGGGCGACGUCGCUUGCUACUGCGCCAAAGUCGACUUCGGCUAUGGAGUCCGCGACUGCGCCAACGAGGCUUGCGGAAGCGACCAAGCUGCCUCGGUCAUCGCCUACGGCAACUCGUACUGCCAGAGCGCCGUCUCCAGCGCCGUGUCUAGCGCCGGUUCCUCGGUCUCGUCAUCGGCUUCUGGCGCGAGUGUCCUGUCCUCGGCCGCAGCCACUGCGACGGCCUCCGGUACUGGUUCUGCUUCCGCAGAGAGCGCCGGUGGCUCCAGCACUCCCGUCUCGACCCAAGCUCUGGUCACUACCAUCUCGGCCUCUGGUACCACCUACGCCACCACGACUGGCCUCUCGACCCUGUACACUGCCGUUGGUGGCGCCGCCGCUUCCGCCAGUGCAGGUGCAUCCAACGCGUCCGAGAGCGCCGGUGCUGCUGCUUCGUCUGCGGCCGGGUCUGCGUCGGGUGCUGCCAGUUCUGCCCUCUCGUCGGCCUCGGGUGCUGCUUCUUCUGCCACUGAGAGCGCCGGUUCCGCUGCCUCGUCGGCCACUGAAAGCGCCGGUGCCGCUGCUUCGUCUGCCACCGAGAGUGCCGGUGCCGCAGCUUCGAGCGCUGCCUCCAGCGCAUCCGGUGCUGCCUCUUCUGCCGCUGCUUCGGCUACCGGUGCGGCUGCUCCCUUGAAGACGGCCGGCCCUCUGCUCGGCGCAGCAGGUGUGGCCAUGCUGCUCGCUCUGUAA